GCAUAAUAUACGUAGAGACUAAAGGCCUCAAAAUGGAAGAAUGGAGUAAUAUAACACAGAACACGGAGAGAGCGUCAUCGAAAGCAGUUUUAUAAAUAACUUCAUUUUAUGUGUGUUGUGUAAUACUAAAGCUUCGGAGAAACUUAAUCAGUGCUGCUGUUGCUGUAGAGCAAGCUGUGACAAACAGUUAGUGAUGGAGCCAUCAGAGGACACUGGAUCAAACUUGGCUUCCCAGGAGGUCAACCCUGUGUUCCUGCAGCAGCUCCGAGAGCUGGACAUCCCAGAGGAGGCAGCAAAACAGGCACUACUGCACACUCGGAACGUGUCGGCUGAGGAGGCGGCCAUGUACUACUUCAACAAACUGGAGAAUGAGGAGGAGGGGGACGAGGACCUCUUGUUCAAGAUGGUGUUUGUGGUUAACAUGGACCUCGGCAUGGGUGUUGGAAAGAUUGCUGCCCAGGUGGGCCAUGCUGCGGUGGGUUUGUACCAGGCUCUACAGGAGAAGAACAGCUGGCGGGAGAUGGCCUGGAAGUGGGACCAGAGUGGGGCCAAGAAGGUGGUGCUCCAAGGCACCAACGUGGCCCACCUGCUGGAGCUGCAGGCCCUGGCCCUGAGCCUCAACCUGCCCACCUACCUGGUCCAGGAUGCAGGUCUCACCCAGGUGGAGUCCGGCUCCCGCACCGUCCUGGCCAUCAUGGGAGCAGAAGAGAUGGUGAACAACGUCACCGGCAGUCUGAAGCUGCUUUGAGUUGUUUGGAGUCUCUGCAGUGGCACACAACCACCAGGAGGGGGCAGCCUUCCUUAGCAGCAGGAGAACUGCAGCCAAGCAUGAGCUAAAAACCUUUCAGAAUAAUAAUAUUUAAAAAAAACCCCACAGAAAACAUCUCCUCCCCCAGCACCAUUCCUCUUUCUGUCACUUUUCCCCUCAGCCGCUUAAUCGGACAUUCCUGCGAGACCACCUACUAGCAAAACAGUUGAUUCCUCUGGUUCAUUUUUCUCCCUCAAAUGGUAAAAAAUGAAGAUUUUAAUGGUGGUGUUUGUGUACAGCUGAAGUUCCCUGUUAAUAUCAUUUCUGGUGUUAUGGUUGUGUACAUGUUUUUUUUUAUGGCCGUGUGAUGUGCCAUUUUUAUCAAAAUAAGAAGCUGCUGGUUUUUGUUUGACGUAAAAUGAGUAAAUCUUCCAUUCUGUUUUCCACCUCCCUCUUAAGCUUAACAUUUAAAGAAGCAACAACCUGGCACCAAAGCUUACCCUGCAAACAUUUCUAUUUGCUCUAAAAACUGCUGCCACAAAUGGUGUGUUUAGGUUCUUUUAAAAAAAAAAGAAAAAGUGGGGCAUGAUAAAGAAUUUAUGGGUUCCCAAGCCCAUGUUGUUGAUUAUAGUGUCACAAUGUACAUUGAAACUACAAUGUUUGUUCUGCAGUGUUAAAAUGCAUGAGAUACAAAAUGUUACAAUAUGAAUUAUAAAGUUGACAGAGAUUUGAAGACUGUGGUAUACUAUUCAUUGCUUUGUUGUGUCAGGUGAUCAUUAAAACACCUCAACAUUA